AUGGCAGCUCGCGACUGCAACGCAUCCCGAGAUGUGGAGCAGCGCCAUGUCACAUCACACAUAGUCGCGCUGGCGAUCCACGGUGGAGCUGGAGGCACGACCACACCGAACAUGCCUGCCGACCUCAUCGCUGCUUACCGUCAACGACUGCGCACCGUUCUCUCGACCACCUACGAGCACCGCCAUCCGACGUCGCUCGAAGCGGUCUGUGAUGCAGUCUCGCAGCUCGAGGAUUCGCCUCUCUUCAACGCCGCCAAAGGCGCCGUAUUCGACCUAGCUGGACACACGGUAUGCGAGAGCUCGUUGAUGACCACACAACCCGGUUUUCACUCCAACACGGUCGCAGUAACAGGCGUGCGCAGGACCAAAAAUCCGAUCUUGCUGUCCAAGGUGUUGCUCGAAAACAACACGCUGCUCGGAGGGCACGCCUUCUACUCGGGAGAAUCAGCAGAGAAGGCAGGUUGGCACCUUGGCACCCAACGCGUCAGCACAGGCUACUAUUGGACCAAGAGAAGAUGGCUCGAGCACAAAAGAGCACUUGAUCCCAAGCUUGACAAGCUUGCCGAACUCGUCGCUCAUCAUACGCAGAGCUUCCACGACAACGAUGACAUGGACCGUCAAGAUGUGCAGCACAAUCCGCCAGCUUACUCGCACUCGACAGCCGCAAUUCAAGCCAAUAUUCCGUCCGAAGCCGAGUCUGAGCCCGAACUCGAAUCCGAACCCGAGCACCAAGACCAGUCCAUCUUUGACCGCUACGCGCAUCUCACCGACUUGCUCCCACAAGGCACCGUUGGAGCGGUUGCCCUCGAUUCCAACGGUCAUCUUUCCGUUGCUACCUCGACGGGUGGCAAGACGAACAAGUAUCCGGGACGUAUUGGUGAUACGCCCUCGGUUGGAUCCGGGUUCUGGGCCGAUUGCUGGUCCACUUCACGUGCCCACCCUCGCCGCAGAUGUAGCACAGCGCCACUUUUGCAACGUCUGCUGCGCUGCAUUUUGCCAAAUUCUAACAGCUCGGCUGACAAUGGGCUGCGGGGAAUCGCAAUCUCAGGUACAGGUGAUGGCGAUUUCUUCCUUCGCACCAACUUUGCUUCUUCGCUAGCACAUCGCAUCAAGUACGCCGACGUGCCAUUCGACCAAGCUAUCGAAACAGCCAUGGACGAGCUUGUCCACCUCUAUGGCUCCGAACAGGGCGUGGGAGGUGCCAUCUUACUAGACCGUCAGGGCAACGCAUACUUUCCCUUGGCGGCCAGCACAAUGAAUCGAGGUCUUAUCUCGAAGAGCACCGCCUUUCAGCCAAAAGUGGCCAUCUUCGAUCACGAGCAUCUCGCAUAG